UACAGUUCAGCAGUUUGCCUUGCGGGCGCACAAAUGAGUAAGAUGUGUAACACGCAUGCGUCUUAGCAGCUUAAUGUUUAAACAUGGCGGAAGGGUUAAGAGACCAUGGAGAUAUUAGAGGAGUAUACACUCAAUUGCACAACGCUUCAUCCGUCGAUUUACUGUGGGGAACAAGUGAAAGAAAGCGGACAAGAAAAAAUCAAGUAUCGACGUCAUUUUACCCCGUAGAGAGACUUGUUUCAAAGCGAAUGAAAAAGAACUCGACCGAAUAUUUGGUAAAGUGGAAAAAUUAUAGUGCCUUUGAAAACAGCUGGGAACAUGAGGAAAAUUUGACAGAAGACCUUAUCAGAUCUUAUGACCAGCCAAACAUACAGCCAGAAAGGUUGCAAAAGAAUCUCGACACAUUACAUGUUGGUAUUCUCUUGAAGUUAAAAAGCAGAAGCAAGAAAAACAUUACUAUUGACUUUGAUCAUGAUUGCUUUCGUUACAUAUUUAAUGGCAAGGGCAAGCAGUCAAAAGAUGGGAAAUAUCUUUUGUUAGACAAGGCUGAUUUUGAUAGAUGUAAAUUUGAUGGUAAUUGGGAUACAGUUGGUGAUAAAAUUGGUGAUGGUGUGAGAGUUAAGUAUCCUAUCAAGGUCAGAACUGUUCUAACAAAAUCACCAAGAAAUUUUACGGUGGUUAGUGGGAAGCUUCAGGAAAGUCGUCCAAUGUUGCUGGAAAAACUGUCAUUUGACUUUAUUCGUGAGCCUGUGGUACUUCUACAUUAAAUAUUAGGACUAAGAUAAUAUUUUAAUAUUUACAUUGUUAUACAACCAACAACAACUAAGGCCUGUUCUAAACGUUGCAUUAUACAUGUGGCAAAUGCAUUCAAAACAAUGGAUAAUCAGCUAAAAGACCUGAUUGUUUCAAAUGCAUUUUCCGCAUGUAAACUGCGACACUUAGAAAAGGCUUAAUUAAAUGUACAAACUUAUUUCAUUAUGAAAUUGUGGUAUCUUUAUGUAAUGUAUCACUGUGUCUUGCUAGUAAUGAAUAGCAUUCAGGUGAUCUAAAUUAGCCAAUCAGAAACUAGGGCUACGAGAAAAACUGAGUUAUCAUUUCCUUCAUCUCUUAUAACUUCUGUCCUGGAAACUUUUGAAUAAUUCUAUUAUUUUUAUACAAAAAGAUUUUAAUUUAUCAAUCAAUUGUUUAUUGAAAACUGAAUUUCCCUUAUAAACACUUAGGGGCAAAUGUGCUAACAAAUGCUUCCUAGUAAAUGAUAACUCAGUUGUGUCAUGACGUCACAUGAUAUAAUCAUUUCAGAUCAUCUGGCUGUAAGAAGGUCAGAUAAAAAAAUAUGAUGCAUGGUGAUUGAUAAUGGGUACUGUACAUAUUACCUCAUUUCAUGUUG